AUGAGAGAGCUUGAGAGCUUGAAGACGAGCAUUAAUCAUCCAUGGCCGCCGAUUGGAGCUCCGAUGAAUCUCCGGCGAGAAGACCCGUUGAAAUCUCGAUUCGACGACUCAGUUAACGCCGUAUCCUUUGGGUUCGUCGCUACAGCCAUUCUCAUCUCCAUGUUCCUCGUCAUGGCUAUCUUCGAGAGACUCAUUCGAACCACCACUACAACGAACAAUCCAGAUUCCUCUUCGGGUACGGAUUCUCGGGUCGGAUUCAACGCUGCAAAUAAGCUCGGUUAUCAAUCUCCCAAGAGAUUCCUAUUUUGUUUUCCUGCCAAUUCUGAUUUUGACACUUAG